CUCUCCCUGCAGCCUCUGGUCUAGCCUAUUUGCACUCGCCUCCUCUAUAAAAUCCAUGUAUUCCGCAAAACCUUUCACCGCCGCCGCCAUCUCGGAGCACCGCAGGACGCACCAUUCUCCAAGCGACCCCCGGCAGCUCCGGCGAAGAUGGUCGCCUUCAGGUUCCACCAGUACCAGGUGGUGGGGAGGGGCCUGCCGACGCCGACCGAGGAGAAGCCCAAGAUCUACCGCAUGAAGCUCUGGGCCACCAACGAGGUCCGCGCGAAGUCCAAGUUCUGGUACUUCCUCCGAAAGCUGAAGAAGGUGAAGAAGAGCAACGGCCAGAUUCUCGCUUUCAACGAGAUUUUUGAGAAGAACCCCACCACAAUCAAGAACUUUGGCAUUUGGUUGCGUUACCAGAGCAGGACUGGGUACCACAACAUGUACAAGGAGUACCGUGACACCACCCUUAAUGGAGCGGUUGAGCAGAUGUACACAGAGAUGGCUUCCCGUCACCGUGUCAGGUCUCCCUGCAUCCAGAUCAUCAAGACGGCCACGGUCCACUUCAGCAUCUGCAAGCGUGAUAAUACUAAGCAGUUUCACAAGUCGGACAUCAAGUUCCCUCUUGUCUACCAGAAGGUCAGACCACCAACCAGGAAGCUGAAGACAACCUUCAAGGCUACAAGGCCAAACUUGUUUAUGUGAUCUGAUUCGUCCUUGCAUAAUCUGUAAGCCCGUCCAGUAUGAAGUAUUGCUAGUUCAUAUUAAUAUUAUCUAUAUGCAACUUAGUGUUUCUAGAUAGCAGUUGCAUGCAAUGGCAUUUCUAGGCUUGACUUCUCCUGAUACAUCUUUUUACGAUUUGUGAUCAUCUGAUGCAUGAUAUGGUUACAUCAACUGUGUUAUGGUUUACCUAAAUAUCUGUCUUGUCGUCUGUUUUGUUUAUUA